AGGUACUCAGUAUAGAUAAGGCAGUCGAAGUGUGUCGUGUUUGUAGAACGCUUGUAAGAAACAAGAUGAUUGGUAACGAAACACAGGAUUUCACUAAACUGAGCGAUUUCGCUAGCGUCUCUACGGGUGGUAAAGUACUCUUCGCCACUGAUGACUUCUUCGCUGUCAGCGAAAACUUAAUAGCAGAUUCUGAGCCGAUCUUUAUAGCUGAUAAGUACACCGAGUUUGGGAAAUGGAUGGACGGCUGGGAGACCAGAAGGAAGAGAAUACCUGGUCAUGAUUGGUGCAUCAUCAAGCUGGCCAUCAACUGUGUCAUAAGAGGAUUGUUAGUCGACACAGCGUUCUUUACUGGUAAUAACGCGCCGAAGUUUUCCAUACAAGCAGCUUUGUUGACACCUGAAGAAGAAGAACUAAUACCAGAAAGAAAUGCAACCAUGGGUUCAGCAAGCAGUGACCGCGAUUUGGAGCUGGUAUCGCGACUUCAUUCAGAAAAAUGGAAGGAAAUUGUUCCAAUUACCCCUUUACAACCAGGAUACGAAGAGACACGAAGAAAUUAUGUAAAGGUAACGAGUGAAGAAGCAUGGACCCAUAUUCGGCUGAAUAUUUACCCAGAUGGUGGUAUAGCACGCCUCAGGGUGUAUGGAGAGGCCAGACCUCAAGUCCCACCACCAGAUCAGCUCGUAGAUUUAGUAUCAUUAUUGAAUGGAGGCGUUUGCGAAGGGUACUCCAACGCGCAUUAUGGUCAUCCAAAGAACCUGAUAAAGCCUUUCAAAGGGACUGGAAUGGCAGAUGGAUGGGAGACAGCUAGAAGAAAAGAUAGACCAGAAAUUAUCAGGAGUAAUCCUGAUGGAACUCUACAGUUUACCGGAGAAGAAUGGGCGGUCUUUAAAUUAGGAUUUCCAGGAAGAAUCCAAAAACUAUCUGUAGACACAGCACAUUUCAAAGGAAACUAUCCCUACACAGUGAAGAUUGAAGGGUUAAAUUUGGAAUGUAAUUGGUGUCCAGAAGCAAAAUACGAAUGGCAAAAUAUUUUGAAGCCAAGCAAGCUCUCCGCGAAUAACGAGCACUGGUACGAACGUAAUUCAGAUAUCAUCACGCAUAUACGAGUGACUAUAUCUCCUGAUGGGGGUAUCAGCAGGCUCAGAGCUCUCGGUUACGUCUCCGAGAUUUAAUUUUAUUGAACUCAGAUGAAGGCUUAUCAAACGAGGGUUCAAACUGGCCAGCAUAAUCGUGAGGAUUGGCGAAAGAUAAUCAUCCCUCGUCAGAAGACGCUAUCUCGACCUCACUUCGUAUACCAUCAGGCGCAGUAGGGUCGCUCUCACAUAAUAAUAAUAUAAUAAUAUCAGCCCAGUAUUGGAUACUGUGCCACUCUUGGACGUUCUUACGUGACUGCAAAAAAAAUUAGAUGUGUUAAGUGCUUUCAGGAAAAAAUGUCGGCAUUUUUAAUGAACAUACAUAUGUCAACGACACUACAAUGCUGUUGGUUGGUAGUUAUUGUGCUAAUAUUUUUUUUUGUUUCGUCACUGCUAGAAUUAUUUACUAAAACAAAAUAUCCAUGAAAAAUGUUCACUGUAUAUUACUGAUUUAGAGUUAAAAAAUAUAUUCAAACGUAUCACGUCAAUUUUAGUUAUAAAAAAUAGUUUCGUUUAUAUUGAAAAUACUACGCACUUUACUUUAGACCAAAUUUAUAUAAGCGAUAUUUGACUAACAAAUAUAUUUUUCGUGUAACAAAUAUCAAAGUCAUCAACAAAAACUAAACUUAAUGGCUUCUC